CUCACACAACAAACCAACACAAUGAAAACUUUCGUAGUACUGAGCUGCCUGGUAGCGCUGGCGUGGUGCGCUCCCGCUCCUGCCGACUCGGGAGUGCGGGAACUGCCUGCCCUGCGGCAUGAGGAGGUUCACGAUGAGUUCGGACAGUACGCCCUUCGGUACAUCACUGCUGAAAACACGGUGGUAUCAGAGCGCGGUCGGCUAGUCCCCAGCUCCAACGGCGGCUAUGUGCUGGAGAUCGAGGGUCGGUACCAGUUCGUGGGCGAUGACGGCAAGAUGUACGUGACGGCGUACAAGGGCGGCCCUGGCGGCUUCCACGUGGACGGACAGCACUUACCACAGCCGGUCCCAGUACCCCCUGUCGCGCUUUAGAUCAAUAAAAUCCGGAUUGCUUCA